AUGCCGUCGACGGCUGACUUGGGCGCCGGGACAAAUUCGGGCCGUGCCUCCCGAUUCACCAUGUCCGAGAGGAAUCUCGGACUGAUGAUGGAAAUCAUCCGAAAAGAUCCAGAGUCUUAUAAGGAGGUUCGAGAAAGAAAAAAUCGAUUAAUUUGAGUUUUUCCGUUAAAAAAAUGUGUUAAAUUUCCGCGAAAUUCGAAAUUUUCUCUGACUCUCCAAAAAUUUAGUGGUCUUUUUCAUUCUCUGACGGCUAUUUUGGAUUUUGCGGUUUUUUUUUGAACUCAAUUUUCAGCAGAGAUCGAAGAAUCUCAGAAAAAAAUAUUAUCUUAUAUUUAUUAUGAAACUUAAUCUUUUUUUCAUUUCUAUUCCAUUCGAAAAAAAUGUUUUUUUCACUUUUUUCGCGUAAUAAUAAUUUUCCGGGAUCAUUCCUGGAUUUUUGAAUAGAAUUUUUUUAGAUUAUUAAAGCUUCAAUUUCAAUUUUUGAAUAUUCAACUUGAAAAAAAUUAUGAAAAUGCAUAUUUUUUUAGGAAAAUCAUGUUGAAAUGUCUUACAGAUUCACGCGAAAAAAAUUAAAAAAAUUUUUCUUAUUUUGUAAUAAAAAAAUGUGCAUUUUACAGGUGCUGAAAGCUCUGUAAAAGUGUGAAAAAAAUAAAAUUGAGAAUAUAUUCAGAAUUUUGCGAAUUAAGAUCACAUAGAAUUUCUCAACUUGUUCGCCAAGAAAAAAAUAAAUUUUUUUCGUGGUUUUUUUCUGGAAAAAAAUUGCCAAAAAAAUCGUAUUUUUUUAAAAUUUUCUACAGAGCUUUACUUAAAGUCCUUCAGAUUUUUUUGCGAAAAAAAUCAAAAAAAUUUCUUUAUUUUUCCAACCCGAAAUUUGAAUUUUUGAAGGUUUUUGAAAGCUUUUUUUGUAAGCUUGUGUUGAAAGUUUUACAUUUGUAAAAAAAUCAGGAAUUAUUUUUCUAAUUUUUUUAAAAAUGAGAUUCUAUCAAGGUGCUCUACAUGAGAAUUAAGAAAAAACCCCGAUUUUUCCGAGAAAAAUUGACCGAAACUAAAAUUUGUACUGAUUUUUUUGGAGACAGUUCCACAAAGAUUUUCAAUAUCCGGAAAAUUUAUAUAAUUUCCUCAGGAAUUCCUCGAACAAUUCAACCAUUUCGUCCAAACCAUGAAACUGCUGCACAUGCAGCCCGAACAACACAGGAUGGAACUUCAGCCUUUGCUGGAAUCGGUCACUUUUCUGUCCGGAUUGGCCAAACAUUACCCCGGUGAGCUUUUUUGGGGGGUCGAAAAAGGGUGUUUGAAGAAAAAGUUUUUAAAAACCACUGAAACUUGGGAGCAAAAAAAUGAAAUUUUUUUCAGUCCAAACAAAAAAAUUAAGGGAAGAGAAAAAUUUCUCGAAAAAAAUUGAACAUAAUUUUUAAAAAAAUAUUCUAUUUAUACACACUUAAAACUAUGAGAAAUUCCCAUUAAACGUCGUAAAUUGAAAUUUUUCGUUUCCCAAACGGACGCUACCAGAAAAAGUAUAUAUUUGUGAAAAAUGUUGGAUUUCUUAUCAUAAAUUUUUCAAGGCUCAGUUUUCGAAUCUCUAUAGGGAUUUUUUUGAUUUAAAAGCUUAGAUUUCUUGUUUUUUUCGAGAAAAAUAUCACGUAUUUUUUUCCAAAGAUUUUAUUGAGAUCAAUUUUUUUAGAUUUUUCCAUUUUGCAUAAAAAUUUUUUUCCCAACUUCAAGCUUCUAAAAAUAAUUUUUCUCCUAUAUUUUUCACAUUUUUUUCGAACACUUUGAACUACAAAAAAAUAUCUUUUUCUCCACUUUUUUUAUCACUUCAAGCUACUAAAUAAUGUUUUUUUCCAGCUAAUUCCAAGCAAUUUUCGAGCAGUUUGUUCUCAAUUUUACGUGAGCAGAGCGCUGGCCUCGAUCCUGAGGUGAUUUUAUUUUUUAUCAACGUCAGAGUGGUCCCUAGAGGGGUCAGGGGGAACACAGCUUCAAUAAGGGGGGCAUAAAAGUGGUCCCUAUAGGGGUUUUUUUAAUCCUUCAAAAAAAUAAAUAGUCGUUAGGAUAGUCCCCUAGAGUUACCACAAAUUGAAACCCUAGAGUGACCUCUUUUGCCAGCUUCAGUGACCCCUAUAGGGUUUAGUAAAUGUAUGUUCUUCAUUUGAACAACGGUGAAUCACUUAGGAACUCAAAAGUGGUCCCUAGAGAAGAACCUUUAAGAGACCCCAUAGGGGCCACUAAUUGAAACCACUAAAGUGGCCUCUUUUGCUAGAUUAAGUGACCCCUAUAGGAGUUGGUAAAUUCAAUAUAUCCUUUAUUUGAACAACGGUGAGUCACUUAAGUGGCCUUUAGAGCAGAACCUUCAAGAACCCCUAUAGGGACCCCUCUAGCGUUUCUAAGAAGGAGAAAAUUUCAAAAAAUUCCAAUUUUGAGGUGAGAAUGGCCUUCUGCAAGGCGUUGGUCAUGCUGAGAAACCAAAAUCUGAUCGAUCCCAUCGAAUUAUUGGAAACUUUCUUUGAACUCGUCAAAAUCGAGGACAAGCAUUUGAGGUUUUCAAAUGAAAAAUCUAGAAAAAAUCAAAAAAUUUUCCAGAAAGUUCAUUUUGGCCUCGAUCAGCUCUCAUUUGAAGCGACUCUACAGCAAGAAGAAGGACAAUAAAACGUUGGGAAAAAUCCAAAAUCUGUGCUAUUCCAAGAUGAAGGUUUGUUUGGUCCUGAAUUUAUUAAUUUGAGCGAGAAAAAGGUUGAAUUAUCGAUUAAAACUCAACUUUCCUUGACCAAAUCGACGUGAAAAUUAAAAAUCCAGAGAAAUCGUGGCCCGAGCGUUUUUUGAUGAAAUUAAUAAAGAAGCCCAAGCAAAUAUUUAAAAACAGGACUCCCGAGCAACCGUGGCCCAAGCUUUUUCAACCAAAAAUCCGAAGAAAUCGUUUCUCAAACUUUUUUUUUUGAUGAAAAUAAUAAGCAAGCCCAAGCAAAUAUUUGAAAAACAGGACUCCCGAGCCAUCGUGGCCCGAGCUCAAGCGAAUAUUUCAAAAUAAGGGCUCACGAGAAAUCGUGGCCCAAGCUUUUUUCAACCAAAAAUCCAGAGAAAUCGUGGCCCAAGCGUUUUUAAUGAAAACAAUAAGUAAGCCCAAGCAAAUAUCUAAAAAUCAGGACUCCCGAGCAAUCGUGGCCCGAGCGGCACAGCUCGUCUGCAUCGACGCCUUCCGGAAAAGAUUCUGGCGCGACGCCAAAACGGCCAACGUCAUCGCCGAAGCUUGUUUCCACAAGGUUCCCAAGAUCCAGGUGAUUUUUUGAACCUAGGGGAUUAUAAAUUAAUGAUUUAUCGAUCCAAAAUGAGGCUUUGAACAAAAAAAUCUUAAUUUUUUUCAUAGUUAAAAAGCUUAAAUUUUUGGUUUUUUUGAGGAAAAUUAAAUAUUUUUAAGCUGGCUAUCUAAUUUCCAUCAACUUAAUGCAUUUCUCUAUCGGAAUUUAGGAAAAAAAACAAUUUCAAAAAACGUCAGAGCGGUCCCUAGAGGGCCGACUUUAAAAGCCCAUAAGGCUUCUCUCUAGAUACCACUCCGAACCAAAACUCCUAUUGGUACCAUUUAAAUUUCAGCCCUCUAGGGGCCACUUAUAUGUCUUGUACAUUUAAAAUCAUAACAAAAUUGAAAAAUCACUAUAGGGGCCACUUAAGCUCAGGCGGUUCAGGAGUCCGACCCAAAACCCUAUAGGGGCUACCUGAAUUUUAGUUCUCGAGGGGACACUUAUAUGUCUUUUACAUCUGAAAUCAUAACAAAAGGGAUAUAACACUAUAGGGAUCAUUUCAGGGGCUUAGGAGUCCGUCCCUUCAGGGAUCCUUGAAUUUCAGCCCUCUAGGAGCCACUAAAGCUUCAGGGGCUUAUGUGUCAGACCCAAAACUCUUUUGCUCAGGUAACUGCAAUGAAGUUCUUCCUGGGCUCGAAAAACGACGAAGAAGGCGUCAGCGAAGACGAGAGUGACGCAGAAGACGUCGAAGACGACGCCAAAACCUUGAAAGAGGUUAUGACGGCGUUCCGACACGCGAAGAAGACCCGAAAACGGGCCAAGGACCUGGAGAAGACCAAGAAAACGAUGAGCAAGAAGAAGAAACAGAAGAAAGGUGUCCUGAAACCUCAAAAGAAUGAAUUUAAACUGCGGAUUUGUAGAGGGAAGAAGCCGGGAGUGCAAUUUGAUGGCAAUCCAAUCUUUGUACGACCCUCAGGAGUUUGCCGACCGACUGUUCGGCAUGUUGGAGUCGAAAAAAGUCGACAAGUUUGAGGUUUUACAAAAAUGAAGCGCGCCCGACUAAAAGCUACUUUCGCACGGGGACAUGGAAAAGUGUAGCUCACCAUUUGAAAAUGUUAAGGAUCUCUUGAAUUUUUUGUUCUUUGGGUUCAGAAAAUGCUUGUGGGAGGUUAGGAAGGUCAUAGAGUUUAGAUUUUUUCAAGUCAUCCCUCAAGCUCCGCCCCUAAUUAAAAAAAUGAAGUGCGCCCGACCAAAAACUACUUUCGCACGGGGAGAUGGAAAAGUGUCGCCAUUAGAAAAUCUUAAGGAUUUCUUGAAUUUUUCGUUCUGUGUGUUUAGAAAAUGCUCGUGGAAGGUUAGGAAGAUUAUAGAUUUUUUUAAUUUCAAGUCAUCCCUCAAGCUCCGCCCCUAGUUAUGCGAUAAGCCAAUCAGAGAGCGAGCUUUCCAGAGAGGAGGUUUUAAAGACGUCAUCGCGCUUUUAAAAAGCAAAAUUUGAACAGAUUUCAAGUUUCGAAUAGCAGAAAAAAGAUAUUUUUCGGAUUUUGAGCUAUGAAUUGAUGAAUUUGAAGCUGAAAAAAAAAUCUAGAAGCAGAAUUGAAGUUAAGGAAUAUUGAUUUUCCAUAGGCAAAAGUUCAAAACUUUUCGCAUUUUUGAAUUUUUUUAAGGUGAUCCAUAGGCAAAGCCGGAAAGGAUGCAAAAAGGCUCCGUAGAAGUGUUCCUUUUUGCUGCCUUUUGGCGCCCUUUCAACAGCUUUUAUGCACCAUUUUUGCAGCCUCUUCCCUUUCCACCAUUUCUUGUGCCUUUAUAAAUCUAUUAAAAAUGGAAGGCUCGAUAAAGGGACCCAUUUUGCUGCCUUUCUGCACCCUUUCUGCAGCCUUUUUGCCGCCUUUCUGCGCCCUUUUUUGAGCCUCUCCCUUUUAGCGACCAUUAUCCACCAUUCGGACUUUACCCGGAUAGAAACAAGAAAUUUUCUGGGUCCCAAAUGAUACGAAUUUUUUUAAAAAGAUUUUAGCAUAGAUUUGAGAUUUUUUCGCCUUUUUAAAGACUCAUUUAUACUUAUUUUUUAUAAGAAGAGCGAUUUUUCAAACUUUUAUUUUUUAGGUCCGCCUGUUCCGAAUCGCACUUUGCGCCAGAGUUAUCGGUGUUCAUCGACUUCAUGUUCUCUCGUUUUAUUCUUACCUCCACCGUUUUCUUCAGCCCAAACAGAGAGAGGUGAGUUAUGGGGAAAGGAAAUGGAUAUUUUUGUCACAAAAGGACGAAAAACGAAAUUUAGGAUGACAGUUACCGCUCCCAGGGUGUUCUCAUAACUUUUCGCUUCUUAUUUUCCGUUUUUUGAUUAACAAAUGCUUCCAAAUAACUAAAAAUUCAUGAGACCAGUUUUUUGACAGUUUUUGAACAAAGUUAUACUUUACGAUUGAAAGGUCAGCGGCUCAAAUGAUCAUUACUUCUCCAGCUUCAAAGAUAACUGGGGAACGUUUUUAGCGCCCGUUUAAACUUUUGAUGAAGUUGGACGCUUCAAAUGCUUGAAAUACCGCUGUUUUGGUAUAGUUUGCGUAUUUUUCACAAUUUGAAGCUCCAUAACUCGGAAAAAAGAUUAUUUCGAGAAACUUUUUUCUUGUUCUGCAAUCAGGGGUUCUAAAGUACACUUCAGCAAAGCUUCAUCAAAAGUUCAACCGGGGAGUAAAAACCUUCCCUUGUGAGUUCUAAGACAGUGAGCCGAAAAUAAGCUUUUUUUCUGAAUAAAAAAUGCUCUAGAACUUAUAAAAUUGCUAGAAAUCCGGGAACAGAAAAUUACUGGCCGAAAUUUCAAGCAAAUCCCUUAAAUUUGAAAGUUUUAGAUUUAAAAGUAUCUUCAGGUAACGCGAAUCCUGCUUUACGCCGCUCAAGCUUGUCACGAACUUGUGCCUCCAGACACUGUGGAACAGUUGCUCCGAGUUAUCGCGAACAACUUUGUCAGCGACAGGUGAAGAUUUGAAAUAACCGGAAUUUUGCAAAAAACACUGUUUGAAGUGAAAAAAUCCUAUUCUCAGUAUACGCCUUUUUUAAGUUCUAAAUUUUUUCUGAAGCUUUAGAAGUCAAUAUUUAUAAACUCAUUUUCUUGACUUGUAAAACUCAGGCGAAGUCGGAAGGGUGGAUAAUGGUUGCUAAAAAGGAGAGGCCUAAAAAAGGUCCCAGAAAGGCAGCAAAAAGGUAGCAGAAAGGCUGCAGAUAGGCCUCAGAAAGGCAGCAAAAAAGGAACAUUUUUAUGGAGCUUUUUUCCACUUUUUCCGACUUUGCCUAUGUAAAAUCAAAUACUAUGAAGACUUAACCAAAAUUAAUGAAUUUAAACCCAAGUUUUCAAAGGGAUUUCAAUAUUUGGAUCCCUAUUUGAAGUUUUGUGAGACCUUUUGACGUUUUUUUUAAAAAACUUUUUUUCACAAGAAAUAGAAGUUUUUUUCUACUUUUUAACAGGUUUUCAAUACUUUUUAUCCAGGUUAUAAAUAUUUUAUUACCCUUUAAUUUUUUUAAUUUUUCAAAUUUUCAUAAAUUUCAUGCUCUGGAAGCUCAAAAAUCCCCUUCAAAACAUUUUUAUCGCCUAAAAAUAAUAAGAUUUUUUUCUAGGAAUUCCCCCGAAGCGAUGACAGUUGGUAUAAAUGCGAUUCGCGAAAUCCUCGCCAAUUGUCCUUUUGCGGCGACGGAAGAGCUCCUCAGAGACCUGGCUGAGGUCUUUUGAUCAAGAAAAAAAUCUUUAAAAUGAAAAAAAAUUCAGUACAAAACGUACAAGAACAAGAACGUGUCGAUGUCGGCGCGGGCGUUGAUCACCCUCUUCCGGGCGGUUAAUCCCAAACUUCUGGCGAGGAAGGACCGAGGGAAGCCCCAGGGCGAAGACGAGGACAAGGAGUCAGGAUUUUUUAGAGUUUUUGAUAGAUUUUAUGCAGGAUUUGUAAUGUUUGGUUCAUAUUUUUUCAGAAAAAAUUACAAUUUAUCUUUUUUUUUCCGAGUAAAAUGUUAUUCUGAUUCAAUUUUUUUGAGACACACGGAAUUUUUGUGAAAUAUUUAGGUCUCCCUGUAGGGAUUUGAAGUAUCCUUAAGUGGCCACUUGAAAAAAUUCUUCCUUGAAGUCAUUUUAACAACAAAAAAAUGGUUAUUUUUCAAGGGAUUUUGUGAUUUUUCCGUUUUUUUUCUUGGGAAACGAUAAUCUUUUUCAAAUAAAUUUUUGCACAAAAAUUUCACUUCUCAAAGGGGCCCCUGGAGGGUACUGAAAAUCCCUUUAAGGGAAACCUCGAUUUUUUUCAAAGAUUUACGUGAAAAAUAACAAGGAGAAUUUCAAAAAUUGAGUCAUACUUCAUAAAAAAAUUGGUAAAUUCAAUUUUUCUAUAUUUGAAUUGUUUCUGUCGUUUCCGGAAGGUUAAGGAAAAAUUCUGUCUUGAAGACAGUUUGACAGAGAAAAAAACUGGAUAUUUUUUUCAAGGAAUAUUUUUGAUUUUUUUCCAUUUUUUUAAUUUCUUGGGAAACGAUUAUCCAGGGUUGGUUAAUUGUUGAAAUUUGAAAAAAAUUCACAAAAAAACCAUAUAAAAAGAAAAAAAUUUGUAGUAAAAUCAUUCACAGAAGACAUUAAAAAAAUUAGCAGAAAUCAAAUUUUUUUGAAGUAAAAUCAUUUAAAAAAAGGUAAAAAAACAGGUGGUAAAUGAAAUUUUUGAAGUAAAAUUAUUUACAGAAGGCACAAAACAUGUCGAAAUCGAAUUUUUUUGUAGAAAAAAAUCAUCUACAGAAAGUUAUAAAACAUGUAGGAAAUGAAAUUUUGAAGAAAAAUAGUUCAUAGAGGGUAAAAAAAAAAUGAAGGAAAGGAAGUUUUGGAGUAAAAUUCUUCACAAAAGUCACGAAAAAUUUAUGAAAUAGGCAAAUUUGAAGUAAAAUCAUCUGCAGAAGGCGCAAAAACAUGUGUUAAUCGAAUUUUUGAAGUAAACUUAUUCACAGAAGACACAAAAAAUAUAGAGAUCGAAGUUUUGAAAUAAAUUAUCUAUAGACAGUAUAAAAAAAUCGUGUAGAAAAUGAAAUUUUGAAGGGAACUUUUUCACAAAAGGCACAAAAAACAUGUAGGAAAUGAAAUUUUUAAGUAAAAUAGUUCAAAAAAAUACACAUAAAAUGUGCAGAUAUCGAAAUUUUGAAGAAAAAUUCUUUAUAGAAGGUACAAAAUCAUGUAGAAAUUGAAAUUUCGGAGUGAAACUUUUUUUUUCUCCAGGUUCCUCGGUUUUGCCCGACCGACCAUCCACGACUACGUGGCCGGCGCCGAAGUUCUCGAGAAAAAUCGUCAAGAAAAAGAAGGAAAAGAAGUUGACGAAGACGACAGCGACAGCGACAUUUUGGUGUCCGGUUGGACAUUCACAAAAUUUUCCAGAAGACGUCGGAUUUUUCAGACGUCGACACAGACGAAGUGGAUACCGACGACGAAGAGCCGGUGGCGAAAAAAAUGAGAAAAUCUGAAAAAGAUGAGGAGGAAGUUGAAGACGAAGAAGAUGAGUUUGAAGAAGUUGACGAUGAGGUCGGAUUCUGAAGACUUUCCGAAGAAGACGUGGAUUUUCAGGAGGAGGAUGAUGAUGAGGACGGCUGGGAGGAAGUGAGCGAUAACGAUGAGGAAGAAGAAGAAGAUGAGGAGGAGGAGGAGGAGGAGCUGGAGCAGGGACAGGAAGAAGAAGAGGAGAUCGACCCCAAGAAAAAGGCCGAAUUCAUCAGUUCGGAUCGGAUUUUGACACAGGUUUCAGUUGUUUUCCUCUUUUUUUCGUUCUUGGAGCAUAUAGAAACUUUAAAAAGCCUUGAAGCUUCCUUAGGAUCUUCUGAGUGGUCCCUUAAGGGCUCCUCUAGGGACAACUCUAGCUCCUCCUAUAGGGGUCAAUAAAGUUGGCGAAAGUGGUCACUCUAGGGGAGCAUUCUAGUGUUCCCUCUAUGUAUCUUCAACUUCAAAAUCUCAACAAAAAAAAAAUUUAAAAACCACUAUAGGGACCACUCAGACCCAGGACCCGUUAGGGACCACCUAAAUUUUUCCCCCUGUAGGAGGCACUUUUUUUCCCUGACCCUCUAGGGACCCCUCUGGCGCUCCUAAGUGGGGCUUAGGAAUGAUUAAAAUUGCAGGAAGAAGCUUCAAAAAAAUUUUAGCCUAGAAAUUAAUAAACAUGGAAAUCUUUUUCAGAAAUAAAUUUAGGAAAAGUUUCAGUAACAUUUAAAAAUUCUAAUUUUAAAAAAAGUUAAGAUUUAUGACCUUUCCUAACAGUUGAGAGUUACUAUUAGCAAAGGUGAAAUUUUGAAUUCGAAGAAAAAAAUUAUAUCGAACACACUAGAAGCUUGAAAUCAUGAUCCUUCUGAUCAAAAGAAGGGAAAUAGUUAGGGUACAGUUAGGGAAACAAAAAAGGGAAAUAACAUUGAGCUUUGCAGUGUUUGUGGAUUUUCUGGGGAUUUUUGAACCAUUUCGAAGCUUUUUCAUGAUUUCCUGAGCUCUGAAGGUUUUUCCAAAUAAUUCGAGUUGCAAUAUUUGAUAAUAUUUCCACACAGGUUCAUAUACAUAUUGAUUGCUUAAAUUGUGAGAAAAAAAAUAUUUCUUUACCCUGAAAAAAUGUUUUUCCACAGUUUUUGCUAUUCUCAAUUCUCAGGAAGAGUUCAAAUCGAUCCGAGAAUAUCAGCUCAAGAAGCAGAUGGUCGGUGAGAAAAGGCUGAAGAAGUUGAUGGGCAAGGCGCGGACCAACGCCGACGAGAGGAUUCUGGAGGAGCUGCACGAGAAAAUGGAAAUGUCAGUGGGGAGAAUUGGGAAAAAGUUGUUUUCAAAUGAUAACUUUUUCUUGUGUAAACAAUCCAAUUAAGGGUUGAUUUCAAUUUUUCAGAAAAAAAUUGAAAAAUUUGCCAGAAUGAUAUUCAUUUUUUUGAGAGUUCUUCAGAAAGAAGAGAAGAUUAUAAAAAAACACAAAAAUUAGCGAUUUUUGACCGUUUUUCACGAUUUUUUGGGUGAUAGGGUUAAGAUUUUCUCAUUUUAGGUAUUUCAUCAUGAAAUUCAUUCCAGGCUUUUUUAGGAGAUAAAAUCAAGGUUUUCUUUUUUUUUUCAGAGCCGUUUUCACGAUUUUUUUUAGGUCAUUAGGUAUCGAUUUUUAGAGUUAUUCUAAUAAUUAAGUGUUUUUUCUUUUCAGAUCCGACUUCUAGGUGAUUAGAGGAAAAUUUUCUUUUCUUACGUAGUUAUAAUUUUUUUUUCUAACCUUUUAGAGUCGAUUUUCACGAAUUUUUAAGUGUUAAGAUGAAUAAUUUACCAUUUUCAGGCUGUUUUCUCAUGAAUUUCAUUGCAGGCGAGGCUCCGGAGACGGUCUCCCCCGUCUGAAGGACAUUGAGCACUUCCACAAGAAGAAACGGCAAACUAAGGAGGAAAGAAUGGCGGACAUUGAAGCUGGAAGGGAUGAGGACCGAAAGUUUGGAAGGCCUAAGAAAAAUGUGAGCUGGAGGAGUUUUUGGCUUUGAAAUGGAUUUAGAGAUUUCUUUCAGUCUUAUUAGAGUUUUUAGGCUUUUCUCAAAAUAUUUGAUAAUUUCCAGGGCGACCACGUCGGUCGAACCAACCGUGAACUCGCCAAGAAGAAGGUCUUCAACAUGGUGAAGAACAAAGUCCGCGGAAAAAAUCGCCAAAGAUCGUUCCGAGACCAACAGAAAAGCUUGAGGAACUAUCUGAUGCGGCAGAGUGGCAGAAAACCACAGAAUUAAUUCAAAUUGUUGCUUGUUAUUGCUCAUGUUAGAGAGUAUUUUGUUAUCGCUGGUCUUCUUGUUACUAAAAUUCCGAAUUUUAUGAAUUUUUUUUAUAAUGACAUCAUCAAAUUUUUCAUUGAUUGGUGACGUCAUUUAUGUAAAAUUAGUGACGUCAUGAAGAUCUUGUCACGAAAUUUUUGAAAUUUCACCUUUUUGUUGGGACUUGGUCACUUAUUUUUCAAAUUUUCUGAGUUUGAUGACGUCAUUUUUAAGAUUGUGACGUCAUCAACCUGACCCUGGAAUUUUUGAUGAACUGUCUUUUUUUAUCACCUCGAAUUCCUUAAUGACGUCAUCACUACAACUUCUAAUUGUCCCGAAGUUUAUAUUGAUUGAUGACGUCAUUUAUAUUAAAUUCAUGACGUCACCAAGAAGAUCCUGUCACGAAAUUUUCGAAAUUUCAUCUGUCUGUUGACCUUUGGUCACACAUUUUCCAAAUUUCCGGAUUUCAUGACGUCAUUUUAAAUAUUUUUAUUGUGACGUCAUCAACUGAAGUUUUCGAAAAUUCCAAUUUUCAGCUUUUUUUUGACCCAUUUCUGAAUUUUAUGACGUCAUUUUUGAGAUUUUGACUUCACCAACUUGACUCUGGAAUUUUCGCCAAACUGUCCUUUGUUAUCACCCCAAAUUCCUUAAUGACGUCAUCACCCCAACUUCUAAUCUUCCAAAUGACGUCAUUUAUGAGCCCUUUUCGCGUUUUACGUGUCCCUUGUUCCAUGUUGUUCGUUCCUCUUUUGUUGAUUUUAUUGUUCUGUACCCAAAAAAAAGCGAUUUUGUUGAUAAAAUUGAACUUUCAAUGAAUGGGACACCGCGAGUUUCAUUGCCAUUUUAUCAGUUUUGGAACGAGAAAGCGUUAAAAAAUGCGAUUCAGAUAGGGGCCGAUAGCAAGUGAUAAAAUCACUGGGUUCCGAACAUUCUCGGCCCUUUCCGCCUUUUUUCUUUGUGUUUCCUCUUUUUGAUGAGAUUUUGAAAUAGGGGUCCCUUAAGGGAUUGCUUACAUUAUUGAUUUUUUAAAUUUAAUUGCGAAACAUCAUUUUUUCUAGUCUUUUUACGAGCCAAAAGUAGCCAUUUUUGACCACUUCCGGUUUCUCUGCGCUCUCUCUCGUUCACUCACUCUCUUCUCUGCUCUAUUGACCUUCCGGUGAGAGAGAGAAGAGAGCGCAGACAGGUCAGAAUUCUCUAAUUUUUUUGACAUAUAGAGUAAAAAUUUACUGUGAAACAGUUGUAGUGUGAAAAGAAGCGUGUUCUUCUCUGCGCCCUCUCUUCUUUACGCGCUAUUUUUCUAUUUCUCUGACCUCGCCGGUGAGAGAAAAAGAGAGCGCAGACAGGCAGAAAGAAAGAAAUGAAAAUAUGAAGGCUUUUUUUCUAGAAAUGAAUAAUUUCUAUAAUUUUGCGACUAGAAGUGCUGUUUUUCACUGCGCCCUCUCAUGUUGACGUACUAUUUUCCGUUUCUCUGACCUCACCGGUGAGAGAAAAAGAGACGCAGACACUCUUUUCUCUCACCGGAAACCGAAAAGGCGGUAGUUUCGACUCUUAAAGCGUAAAAACAAGGCUUAUUAAAGGCGCAUGGGAAGGCAUUUCUAUGGGUCUUGAGACGAAUCGCAAUUUUUCUGUGCGAGAGCGCCGCAGUGCAUGCACACGACACGCGACACUUCACGGAAAAAGUGGGCGGAGCGUCGUCACACGACGUUUCUGUUAGUGGAAGAAACCAGAAACACAGUGGGCGGAGCCAAAAUAUCCGCCGUUCCCACGUGACGUCAUUGGAACAGCAGAGAUUUCGGCUCUAAGAAUGAUAUUAAAGGCGCAGGCCGCUGUAUUGCCAGAGGUCUUUGAGACGAAUCGAUUUUUCGCUAAAUGAACGCAUUUUUCUGUGCAAGAGCGCCGCAGUGCAUGCACAAGGCACACUAAACUUGAAAAGUGCGCGGGGCUUUAGGGUCUAGCCGCGGCGAACGGACUAUAAUUCAAAUAUACCGUAUUUUUAAAAGGUUCAGAAAUGUCCGACGAGGUGAUCGACCGUUACUCGACCGUGUCAUCCACGAGAACUUCCCGGACUUUUGUCGAUCCUUUCGAAGAGACCCAAAUUCGUCGGUCUUCCAUCAUCGACGACAUCCUGAGCGACCUCCGGGAUGUUCGGCAUCCGUUUGAGGUUGGAUUUCGAAAUUUUCUUUCUUACUGGGAACAUUUUAGUGGCCAUUAUAGAGGCUCGCCAAGGACUACUUGACCCUAAAGUGGCCACUAAACCCACAUCUAUAGUGGCCACUAUUCUUCGUUUCAGUGGCCCCUUCAGUAGUUUUUCAUCCAGUAUUCCUUCCAGUAGCUCUGAUAAGUUUCCAACAAACAGAUUGGACCAGUUAUGUUGAUCCAUUGACCUCUACAGUGGCCACUAAUUUCAAACCCCUUAAGUGGCCACUAAUUUGAAUACUACAGUGCCCACUAAUUUUUAACCCCUUAAGUGGCCACUAAUUUGACUACUAUAGUGGCCACUAAUACUUCAAAACACUAUAGUGGCCACAUAAAAUUUUUUUUCAGUAUAGUCUUCCUAAGUGGUUACGAAGCCGCCAGUUAUCAUUUCGGACGAUCCUGAGCCAUUUAGGGACCCCUCAAGGGGUGUUUUGAUUACUUGGAAAGCCAAGAACGUCCCGGAAAAGCGUGUAGUUGGAAAACUCUGACCUGUCUGCUCCCUCUUAUCUCUCACCGUCGAGCCAUAGCCUAUUCUCCGGCAACUUGUCACGUUAUUUUCCGCCUCCGAACUACUGGACCCUUCUUUUCGAUGCGCUGAUCGUGCGCCUUUAAUAAAAAGUCGAUUUCAAGCCCUAAUUAAAGGCGCAGGCACAGAGGCAGGUCACGCGCAUCAGAGGGAAGAGUUCUGUAGCUCGGAGAAGGACAAAAAUUGUGAGAAACUGGCGCGGAAUGGGCUAUAUGCUUCAUAAACCGUCGGGGAAACGCCAGUUAUCAUUUUGGACGAUCCUGAGCCAUUUUGUGAUCACUUAAAUAGUUUUGUGUUUCCUUGGAAGGCCAGAAGCGUCCCCUAUAGUGCAGUCGGGAAAGUCUGACCUGUCUGCGCCCUCUUUUCUCUCUGGCGAAAUAUAGUCCAUUACGUGCCAUUUUCUCACGAUUUUUGUCCACCUCCGAGCCACGGGACCGUUCCUUCCAUGCGCCCGGCCUGUCCCUGGCCAUGCGCCUUUAAUAGAAAAGAAAUUUUAAGGCAUAAUUAAAGGCGCAGGCACAGAGAUGGGUUGCGUGCAUCGGAGGGAUGGGUUCUGUAGCUGGGAGAAAAAUAAAAAUCGUGACGAGCUUUCUCGGAAUGGGCUAUAUGCUUCAUAAACCGUCCUGGAAACGCCAGUUGUCCUUUCGGACGAUCCUGGGCCAUUUAGUGACCACUUAAGAGAUUUUAUGCUUGCUUGGUAGGCCAGAAACGCCCCCCUACAGAGUAUUCGGAAAAGUCUGACCUGUCUGCGCCCUCUUCUCUCUCUCGGGCAAGGUGAUACAGUUUAAUCACGGCUAGCUUGGUGCACAAAGGGGCGUGGCCUGUCUGCGCUCUCCAUUAACCCGGCACACUCUCGCUUCUCAUCGUGUCAGGACCCUUUUUGUUGGCUCGAAUCAGUUGUGAAUCAGCUAAACGAGUAAAACAAGCCGUCAAUGAAGGAAAGGAGGGCGCAGAGAAGUCAGAAGCUUUUCCAAGUUGUGGAGGACGUUAUAGUUGGUAGAGGAAAAAGAGAAGAUGUUAAUUUCCAGACUCCAAGCCUUCUAAACGGACGUCGUAUCUCCCACCCGUCUACUCCUCUCUCAGAACAUCAUGCGAUUUCGCCUUUUUCGAGAUUCCGACCCAUUUCCAGCUACAACGAUGGUUCGGGCGUUGGGGAGGUUGGUUCAGAAGAAUUUUGAUUGAAAAUGGAAGAAAUUGGGAAGCAAUGAUGAUGGAAACUUAAAAGCCAGAGUGGUCCCUAGAGGGAUUGAGGAACAAUAAAAGUCUGUAGCGGACGAAAUAGUGCUCACUAGAGAGCUAAAAUUUGGAGGGGGAGGGGGAAGAGGAGCCUUUAAAACACUAAGGGUCCCCACAGUGGUCUUUCAAAUGCUUGCCCAUAGCCACUCACUGAAACCCCUGGAUUGGCCCCUUUCGAGCUUUAGUGCGUCCUUCUGGUGUGCGCUAGACUACUUAGAAACUCAAGAGUGGUCCCUAUAGGGGUCAGUAAUUAAAACAACCCCUUUAGGGGCCAAUUUCUUCAGAUAUUAAAGUCCGAGCACUUCUUUUUUGAGCACUUCUUCCGGUUUUUAGGAAUUUUAGAGUGGCCCCUGAAGGGAUUAGGAGAGAAGAAGCACCUUUAGCGGACGCGAAAGUGGUCCCUAUAGGGGUUAGAAGCGACCUCUAUAGGGGCCGAAAAAGGGUUCACUAUAGGGGUAAAAUUAAAGUACUCCCUAAAGUCCGGUCCCGUAGCCCCUAAACCUCAAGUGGAUCCUAUAGGGGUCUUUCAAAUUCAUUCAAAAAACGCUUGUUUAUUCAUUUUUUCCUAUAGAGAUGCUUCUUCGCUUAGAGUUCAUAACAGAGCAUCUCCCCUAUAGGGACCACUUUUAAUAGCUCGGGGUUGGUAAAGUGGUCCCUAGAGUGGACCUUCCAGCCCCUAUGGUCAGUCCUAUAGGGAACACUACGGAGAACCCUUAAAGGGCCCUGGAGGGAUCACUCUGGCGCUCCUAAGAAUAAUUAAGGUGAUCGACAAUGAAUCGAAAUUCGCGGUCAAACUGGACGUUUCGAGUUACAAGCCGGAGGAUUUGAAAAUCAGCAUCGAUGGCCGCGAAUUGACCAUUGAAGGGAAACACGAAUCGAAAAAUGAGCACGGAUUCAGCCAAAGGUUUCAUUUCAAUUUACUUGAAAUAGGCUCAUUUUCCGUUCAGAUCUUUUGUGAGACGAUUCACCCUGCCCGAGCAGGUCAGCCUGACCGGAGUCAAGUCAGAAUUAACUUCUGCCGGUGUUCUGGAGCUGGAAGCUCCGAAAAACCCGCCACAAGUUCAGACCUAUCACAUCCCUAUCACUAUUAUCGGCAAAGAGCCGGAAACCAAUGAAUAA